AUUUUGAACACGACUAAUCACCAGUUCGCACCUCAAUAUUCAAUUCUCAAUCAAUUCACCUCUUUGACCGCAUGGCCAACCUGUCUCAUUUAUUUAAUCAAGGAAAGAAGAAAUCCAGCCGCACAUUAUGGUAAUAGUCGUACCCAACCCCAACCGGCAAAGGGGGACUGGUCAGCAAUGGUGGACAUCGAUAUACGUUCAUAACACGCUCUUAAACGCGGAAGAUUGAGUGAUUUUUGGAGGAUACCUGGUUAUUCGGGCCAGCCGCGAAACUCAAGGUAGUAAGCAGCAGGUCAUGGAUAAUGGAAGCGAUACGAUGAAGAACUCUUUAUUCAAAAUCGUCAAACUCGAGUUCGCAGCAUGACUCGUGGUCGACUUUGGUGCCUUUUGGAAGACCUUGGGGUUGGGGAUCAGAAAAAGCGAAUUCAUCGGAAACUCGAAUCAAUUACUUAUCAACCCAUGCCUUAUCAGGUGGUUGUUUCAACACACUCAACCUCCCCAACCACUGUCUGAGUACCAUGGUCGACGAACUUCAAGACUACACUUUCUCUCCGUCAUCCGACCCAUCCACCUGGACGCGUAAAUGCUACGGCCUCGAGUCCUUCGCGUCCACGAUGUCCGAAAACCUCGACGGGUUUCCCUUUUUAACCACCACGAUAAGCAUCAAACCAGCUUAUGACCGAGGGAUACUUGAACCCGCUGUCAAGGCCGCAUGGAUCGCUCUCCGUCACUCUCUACCAGCUAUUGCUGUUAAAUCAUCCAGACUUCCUGCUGCCGAUAAUCGCUUUACUUUGACUUAUCAUGUACCCAAGGAAACUGGAGAGCUUCAGACUUGGGUCAACGAGACCGUCUUCUUUACCGAUGAAGUGAAAGACGUGUAUGACGUGCACAAGAACCUGAAAGAUGAGAGGUGGUGGAAGCCAUCGGCCGAUCAUUUGGUUGGGGAGUUACACGUUUCUCCUGUAGAAGAUGGGUGGCAGUUUAGUGUUGUAUUUAAUCACAACAGUAUCGAUGGCAGAAGUGGUUUCGGUAUUCUAAACGAACUUCUAGGGAAGCUUGUUCCGAUCCUUGAAGGCAGUACUACUCUCAUCUCGGAACUUCCUUGGGGUGAGGAGACGAAACGUCUACCUCCAGCUUCCAAAGUUAUCAACACCAAGGCCAAGGCUCUGCCUAAGAAGGAUCAGCCACCUCUCCCUUUAUCUCAGCCGACACCCUGGACCUGGCCGCCAGUCAAGAUAUCAUCACCAAUAAAUCGCGAUGUCUCCGCCCUCGUCGCCCUCCCCAUCGAGACCACGUCCAAACUCCAUACGGUCAGCAAACUUCACGGACGGACUAUUUCUCAAGUUGUCACUGCCCUCUCCAUCCUGGCACACACAGAAACGUCCUUGAAAGCUGCUGCAGAAGCCGGACCUGAACGAUUUGCAGCCGUAUCUCUGGGAUUUAAGGAAUCGGAGGUGUAUAGAAUGCGUACUUUUACAAAUUAUAGACACAAGUUCCCUGAACCUUACAACACGUUAUCUAGUGAAACACCCGGUCCGCUAUCGACAUUUGACGGAAUGCCCUUGUUCCUUCGUAUGGGUCCGAUUCGCAAGUUCUUCACGAUCGAUGACGUUACCUCGACGGCUUCCGUGAACUCUACCGAACUAACAGAUGUGUUCUGGGACGAGCUUGUGAAUGCUACUGCUAAGAGCUGGAAAGACCACGAUCUAUCACUCCACGGAUUCGCAACCCGAGAAGAGGAAUCUCAAGGGAUAAUCCACAGUUUUGACCCCAAUAUCCUCAACGUUCCCGUACUUAUCACUUCUUCCAUCGGUGACAUGGGAAGGUUGGAUAUUUUUGAUAAUUACCUCCCAUCGCGAGCGCGAGGAAAUGGAACUUUGACGGUCGCCGAUACAAUCUGUGGGCAAAGGGUGAGGGUACCGGCGAUUAUGAAUCUAUUUUGGCAGUAUGAUGGGAAGUUGAGUUGUCAGUGGUUUACAGGAGGGGAGUGGACGACGAGAGAGCAGUUGUGCCAUGUUGUGGAUUCAUUUGAAAGAUGGAUUGGGAUUUUUGUAGGAAGAGAUCAGUAAGACCACAAUAUUUUCUGGAAGG